AUUGACGACCAGUAUCGGUACAUACACUAGUUAGCGGCAGCCGUUAAUUCGACUUUCACAAGCUCUUAUUUAGCUGCUUUAAUCCUCCAUAUAAUUAUAAUUGUUGAGAUGAAUCGGUUCAGUGAUGAUAUGCCUACUUCCAGCAAGAUCAAAUUUGAUAGCGAUGACGAUGACGAACAAGUAGAAUCGGCUUCUGAUGAUGAUGAGAAGAAUGAGAUAAAUGAGGUGCUUGCCAAUGUUACAUUUGAGGAGUUGCAGAAGGCACGUUCAGAUGGGUCACAUGUAAUUAAUCAGAAGCCUAAGUUAGAGCGGAAGGGUAAACGAGAAAACAAAAAUAGGCCAAUGGAGAUCAGUAGCAAAAAGCCAGUUGGUAGAUUUAGAGAAGUCAUUCAGGCUCCUAAAAAGGUUAUUCGUGACCCCCGUUUUGAAUCUUUAUGUGGAACACUUGAUGAAGAUGGGUUCAAGAAAAGAUAUAACUUUCUAUACGAUGAUGAGAAAAAGCGAUUGGAAGAACAGAUGGAGAGGACAAAGAACCCCGAAGUCCUUGAUGGGUUGAAAGGGCAACUAGCAUGGAUUAACAAGCAAUUGAAAGCGGAAUCUACAAAACAUAUUAGUAAAGAGAUUCUUGUUAAGCACAAGAAGAAGGAAAGAGAAGCAGCAAAACAAGGGAAACAACCUUACUAUUUGAAGAAAUCUGAAAUCCGAAAGCAGCAGCUUGCUGAGAAAUUCAAGGAGCUCAAGGCAUCUGGCAAGCUUAAUUCUUUCAUAGAGAAAAAGAGGAAGAAAAAUGCUGCUAAAGACCACAAGUUCAUGCCAUAUCGAAGACCAAACGACAACCAACAAGAAAACUAGAUACAUUACUUUUACUACUUGUUUUGUAAAAGUAUCAUUCAAGUACCUAACAUUAUGUGUUACUUUUGCUCCUGAGUUGAUGGUAGUUUUUGAUUUAGUUAA